AUGUCCAACACAACUACCAGUUCCUCCCAUCACCCCAUCAUCAUCACAGCCAACCUCUCUGCAUCAGAGGCCAUCACAGUGAACUGCAACAUGGCCUCUAUUACCGUUACUGUGGCCAGGGAUUUCCUCCAAAGCAGUCAAAUCACUGACACAGCACUAUACCUGGGCAUGGUGGAUUGUAGGGUAAAUGGAGGAAACUCCACUCAUGCCCAGCUGACAGUGGAUUGGGAUGAGUGCAAUACUCUUCUGAUGCAUAAUGACAGCUUCUAUACAGCUUCAGUGACCCUGUUUAACACCAUAAACACUAGAGAAGUGCCUAAGAUACGGUUGCAGAUCCCCGUCAUGUGCACAUACAUGAAAAAUGUGCUCAUUACAUCAGGCUCCAGCUCAAUGGGGUAUGAUAUGAUCAAGGACGUUAUCACAGGCUCAGGGAUGUUCCAGUUGAGUGUGCAGUUGAUGAAUGGCACGGUGCCUUUGCCUCAUAACUACAGUCUGUCGCCCAGUGAGGCACUUGUGUUGGUGGUCAGCCUCAAUACCACUGUGGAGAGGAUCAAAGUGGUCAUCAACAAGUGCUGGGCCACCUCCACCCCAAGCCCUGCACUUGUGUCCAGCUACAUAUUCAUGCAGAACAGAUUGUCAGUGCAGAUUCUGUCCUUUGUCGACCUCAGUAUCAUCUAUCUGCACUGCCAGGUGGAAAUAUGUGUGGAGAUCGAGUUGGGCUCCUGUGUGCCUCUGAAUGUUCUGCUACCUUCUGAGGCUCGUACGUCGGCCCCGCCUCCUCAGCGUCGACCUGGUAACCCGUGGCAACGGCUCAUGGAUGAAGAGGGAUGGAGAGGGCAGCCCCAUCAAAGGAACCAGAAUGAGCAGAAAAUGCGUCUGAUAUAA